AUGGAGCAAAGUGUUUAUAUUUACAUUCUAACGAUGGCCGGACCCCCCAGGACGCGGCCACUGAACCACUGGAUGAAACUGGAGCAGGAUGAAGAUAAGAAAGACGAUUUCACAAGAACCAUUGGCGGUGCAUUCGUCCAGUUCGACGCGGGUGCUCGCGUAUCCAAGAUCCGUCUGCCUGGUGACUUCUCUGCUGCCCGUAUCAGCGGAUUACGGCAAAACACCUCGAAAGAAUCGGUUCGAGAUAUGCUGGCUGAAAAGGGCUUACACGUCAGCGCCGACGAUAUUUGCACAUUUCAUAUGGAAGGUAGUUACGGAGCAACCGUCAGAUCGGAUGAUGCGUCGUUUUCUAAACGACUCUGUAGUCUCGUUCAACCCGGCUGCACAUGGGGAGGAUUGAAGAUACUGGCCACGCCCAUUGCCGCGCCUAUGCCCUCUGGUCAUAACACUCGACGCGUAGUCUGCAAAAAGGUUCAUGUAUCUUGGCAUAAGGCAGUCAAGAUUGUCUGGUUGAAUUUUGGCAAUGGAGAAAUCGCCCGCCGUGUGAGUAACAUAGCUAAAUCCGUCGUACCCUCUUGGCCAGCUCGUGGGAACCAUAUUGCCUGGACUGUUGUACUGACUGAUGUGCCGGCUGCCGCACAGAAGAGCGACGUUUCACAAGCUAUCACGCAUGAGCGUAACAGACCUCACCAUGUAGAAAUAGGGGCCCCAACAUACUCAACUGAUGAGGAGACGGCUACAGCGAUGAUACGUUCUCUCCUGACGAAUAUCGGACCAUUGGAGUAUUGUGAAGACCCCUUGGAGACGAGUGCGAAUGCCAGGCGGGUGAAGGCAACUGCCCGCUUCCUUGAUGAGUCCGACGCCCGCAGAGCUUCCAGAGAGCUUGACAAAAUGGAACUCCCUUUCCAUCACAAGGCACGGUUAAGUGUGCAAGUCGUGUACUCGGCCAAGUUCAAGGUCGCCAUCAACGUUUUCGAUGCUGUAAAAUCUCAAAUCGUUGCCCAGCAGACAACUUGGAAAGACAAGAACAUUUCCUUCAGGGCCUACAACCCCACGGGUCCUCUUCAACGGUUCAGGGUUUUGAAGAUUGAGGGUGAGUUGGCAGAGAAUGUGGUCAGUGCCAAGGCUGACCUUGAAUCAAUCCUUGCUGGUGUCGUCGCGACGGACAACGACGCCACCCUCUGGCAUUCUUCACUCAAGGGCAAUGGGCAGCUCUUCCAAGCGAUAAAGUCACUAGAGAAGGAACUUUCGGUAACAUCCUCCGGGACAAGAACGAUUGCCGGUCAACUCGGUCCAGAAAAGGUCCUAUUUGAUAUCAUCUCCACGCCAAAGAAAAUUAUUAUCUCUGGUUCCCUGGAAGAUUAUGAUUUGGCUGUGGCAAUUAUGGAGGGCAGAAAACAGGUGCCAGAGCGAGUUGAGAAGCUAAAACUCGAUGACACUGCGCAGGAAUGUUCGAUUUGCUGGACCGAGGCCGAUACUCCCAUCAAGACAGAGUGUGGACACAUUUAUUGCUUAGAAUGCUUUGAAGACAGCUGCACCAAAGCAAACGCGACGGGCGGGGACUUUACGAUCCUGUGCCAUGGCAACCAGGGCAACUGCAGGAGCGUCGUAUCAGUUGAGGACCUGCAGACGUACCUCUCUUCAGCUGCACUCGAGGCCGUCCUUGAACAGUCCUUCUCGUGUCACAUAAAGCGCAACCCAAACAUGUUUCGCUACUGCCCCAGUCCAGAUUGCAACUUCAUCUACAGGGUCUCAUCGGCUGCCAGGACGCAGAACUGCUCCAACUGUCUCCGGCCUACCUGCUCGGCGUGCCACGAGCCGCACAUUGACAUGUCGUGCGCGGAACAUCAAGACCUGAAGUCGGGGCGUUUCGCAGCUUUCAUGAAACUCAAGAAGAAGCUAGGAAUCAAGGAUUGUCCAAAGUGCGCAACUCCACUUGAGAAGGUCUCGGGAUGCAAUCAUAUGACGUGCGCGGCCUGCAAGGCUCACAUAUGCUGGGUGUGCUUGAUGACAUUUCCAAAUGGCGCGGCCGUGUACGACCAUAUGUGGAAGCUCCAUGGAGGCCAUAUCGACCUGCCGGAUGUCUAA